UAAAUACAUUUCAUCGUCUUCGACAUUGGUUAUCAGCUGAAGCCCGUAACAGAGGGAGGAGUCAGUCAAUUGGAUAUUUCCAAAUUGGCAACCACCAUUUUCUUCUUCGAUCAAUAUAGAACGAUAAUUCUAGAGUUAGUGUUCGCGGAAAUGGACGGUGAAUCUUGUUCUAGCGGUAAAUUCAAGCUCUACGAGCAGUUAGAAUUGCAGGAGUUUCAGGACAAGUUCGUGAUCAAAUCCGUCGAGGCUCCAGAUCAAGGCUUCUCCAUCGACCGCCGUGACGGGACCAUUGAACCACUUAAUGGUGAUUCUUCUUCUUCUUCUGCAAGACCAACCAAAACCUCUACGAUAUAUGGUGUGGCGGGAACCAUCAGAUUGCUUGCAGGAAAUUAUGUACUUGUAAUAACUUCGAGGACCGAAGUUGGGGCCUUUCUUGGCUUCCCUGUUUACCGAGUAACCUCUAUGAAGUUUCUGUCCUGCAAUGAGGUUUUGAAGAAUUCAACUCUUCAAGAGAAAAAGGAUGAAGCUUACUUCAUGGCUCUGUUGAAAACAGUCCAAUCAACUCCAGGGCUGUACUUUUCUUACCAAACAGAUAUUACAUUAAACUUUCAAAGAAGACGUAAGUUAAUGGAAGGAUGGAUGGCCAAACCAAUAUGGAAGCAGGCUGACCCUCGAUUUGUUUGGAACAGAAAUCUUUUGGACGAACUUAUUGAGUAUAAGCUUGAUGGGUUCAUUAUUCCUCUACUACAAGGAAGCUUCCAGGCUGCACAGCUUAAGCUAAAAGACUCACCUGCCACACUUACGAUAUUCUCAAGGAGAUGUACCCGACGUCUAGGCACAAGAAUGUGGAGAAGAGGAGCUAACCUUGAAGGAGAUGUAGCUAAUUUUAUUGAAACUGAGCAAUUGGUGGAGUGUGAAGGUUUCAGGUCCUCAUUAUUGCAGAUUCGAGGUUCAAUUCCACUUCUUUGGGAGCAAAUUGUUGACUUGAGCUAUAAACCACAACUUAAAGUUAUUGAUCAUGAGCAGAUGUCAAAUGUUGUGGAGCGCCAUUUCUUUGAUCUUUUCCAAAGAUAUGGAGAGAUAAUAGCUGUAGACCUAACUGAUAAACAUGGUGAUGAAGGUCAACUAAGCAUGGCAUUUUCUGCCGAAGCACAAAAUCUGCCAAAUGUGAGAUACGUUUCAUUUGACUUUCAUCAUGUCUGUGGGAACUCAAACUUUGAAAACCUAAAGCUUCUAUAUGAGCAAAUCUCGGAGCAAUUUGAAAAGCAAGGAUACUUACUCAUAGAUGGGAAAGGAAGCGUACUGGAGGAGCAGAAAGGGAUUGUCAGGUCUAACUGCAUUGAUUGCCUUGAUAGGACGAAUGUUACUCAGAGUUACUUGGCUCAGAAGUCUCUAGAUGAACAGUUGCAGAGGAUUGGAGUGCUUGAUUCUUCUGAAUGCAUUUCUAUGUUUGCUGAAGAUUAUCAAAAAUUUAGAGCAUUGUGGGCUGAGCAAGGUGACGAGAUAAGCCUCGAAUAUGCUGGGACUUAUGCCCUGAAAGGGGACCUGGUUAGAUAUGGAAAACAGACAUUUGGAGGAAUACUGAAAGAUGGGAUGAGUGCUCUUUCAAGAUAUUAUUUGAAUAAUUUUCAUGAUGGCAUUCGGCAGGAUGCUAUGGAUCUUAUUAGUGGCCGCUAUACAGUUAGAAGGGAUAGUUCACCAUUCCAGACUGAAUCUUUUUCUGUAAGUAUAUGGAAUCUUUCUGAGAAAUUUUAGUGCCCGAAUAAUUUUGUUGUCCAUUUUCAGCUCUUUACAAUUUGUUAUUCAAGUCCUGCAACUGCAACAUUCAGUAUA